UGUUAGAACAUUAAAUUUUCUGUGCGUUUGCGACGGCGUAUGUGUUGAUGUCGAGUCUCGCACGAAAAAUGAUAAUCGAUGAGAGCGGUUCUCAGUUUUUGUUGUUUAGUUAACGACAGAAGAUCAGUACAUGGCUUUCGAACAUUAUGGGAGAAAACCGUACAUCGUAUGAUUGUCGUACUAUCAAUCUUACGUUGCCCUGCAAGGUCCUAAAAAGUUUUCGGUAUUGAGUCACGUUUCUGUGGCUUUUAUCUGGUGCUCUUCGGCUUUCAACCUCGUCACGAUGACUGUUAUCCGGGACUUCUCAAUUGGUUCUGUAACAUUCGAAGGAAUGCAAUCAUCGAAUCAACUGACAGUUCUUGGCCGCUCAAUGGUACCGCCUGAACUUCUCGAAAGGCUCGAUGAUGAAGUUCAGCUAAUGCACCAAGUGCGUUCGAACACAGGUAAAAAUCGUCGACAUCCGAGGCUCGGCUAUAUACGCGCACCUGGCGCAUCUUCCCAUGGAACAUGCUGGGGAGACUCACGAAAUUCUGUGCGCAGUUACUCAUCGCUUCACCCGGCGACGAAGUCACACCUGGCAGGUAAUAACGCUCACUCGACCCUCGCCCUUGGCUUCGCAAUCGUCUCGACAGCAUUUCUUUCCAAUACAAAAAGUACUGACGAACUCAAUGCCGAUUAUUCAUCUUCUGGAGCUUCAUGACUAAAUGCACCGAACUUCCGCUUCUAACGACAACAGGGCGAACAUUCAACAGUCAAAAUAAUCAUAUUGGACGUUUCGGUUAGACACGAUCAACCGAUCUAACGCUAGCGCCAUCUGUCAGCUCCAGCGGGAACUUUUUACUCAGCAUAAUAUAUACAUAAGGAAUUCAAUACGUUUACAUUUAAAUAACUCAUAUCUGCUUCUGACAUUAUUUUAUUUGCUCAGGUGGCAAAGUUUCGUUUAGUUGAUUCAUGGAUCUAAAACACUGGAGUCGUAAGUCGUGAACCAACUAAUUGCGUAUUGUGUUCUCAUAAUAUCUCGACAGGACUUCCCUGCCAUAAUCGCUGCUAAGGACUGGGAGCUCAUGGUUAAAGAGACUGUGUCACCUCGUAGAGAAAUCAUUAUGGUGUAGCUUGACCAAAAGGUAGUCCAAAGAACCUAAGUAAUCUGUGACAAUCAUGAGGGACCCCGUGGUAUAAGCCUGUUGCCAUUUCGUGAUCUCGCCGUGUGGCCUCUUUGUUAUAAUAAUACAUUACCCAUGUAUAAAUAUUCUGUAUAUACAUGGGACAAAUGCUGCAAGCCUAUUAUAUCAUUUGUAAUAAAUGCGUUAUCUGCACAUUUUGCA